CUUGCUACAGAAGUAAAUCUCAAAAGGUUGACCUAGCUUCCAUUGUUGUUCUCACUAGAAAUAUAUGGAUUCUUGCAUCUAAAUUGAUGUUUCAUCAAAAUGGGCGUAGAGGACCAGCUUCUUUCUUCACCUCUUGUUGAUCUUUCUCAAACCGCUGACAUCAAAAGAACUGGGACAACAUGGACAGCAGUGGCUCAUAUCAUCACCGGUGUGAUCGGGUCGGGGGUGCUGUCUCUGGCUUGGAGCAUGGCGCAGUUAGGCUGGAUUGCUGGCCCUCUCUUGAUGCUCUUCUUCGCUGCCGUCACUCUCACUUCCACGUUUUUAGUGUGCGAUUGCUACCGGUCCCCUGACCCCGAGCAUGGUCCCAUCAGGAAUAGAUCAUUUACUGAAGCUGUUGAGCUCAAUUUGGGUGAGAAGAGUGCUUGGAUUAGUGGACUACUUAUGCAGAUCAAUUUUUUUGGGACAGGAAUUGCCUAUGUUAUAACUACUGCUACAUGUCUGAGUGCAAUACAGAAGUCCAACUGUUAUCAUAAGUACGGACACGAUGCUCCGUGUGAAUUCGGAGAUACAAAGCCGAUGCUUCUGUUCGGUCUGCUUCAAAUUUUCAUGUCUCAAAUACCUAAUCUCCACAGCAUGGAAUGGCUCUCGGUGGUCGCUGCAGUCAUGUCCAUCACUUAUUCUUCCAUCGGGCUGGGGUUAGGCGCUGCACAAGUCAUCGGGGAUGGAGUGAUUAUGGGAAGCAUUAGUGGAAUAGAAGCAUCAACCAGCACAGACAAGUUUUGGCUGGUUUUUCAAGCAGUGGGAGAUAUUGCAUUUGCUUAUCCAUUCACCAUGAUUGUUCUCAGCAUACAGGAUACGCUGCGAUCCCCUCCAUCCGAGACCGGGACAAUGAAGCGUGCAUCAGUGAUAUCGGUGGCUGCCACCACCUUCUUUUAUCUAUGCUGUGGCGGCUUCGGAUAUGCAGCAUUUGGAGAUCAAACGCCAGGAAACAUCAUGACCGGCUUUGGAUUCUACGAGCCUUACUGGUUGAUCGACCUUGCUAACGCGUGCAUUGUUGUGCACUUAGUCGGAGGCUAUCAGAUGUACUCUCAAACUCUAUUUGCAAUGGUGGACAAGGAGCAUAGCACCACAUUCUUGAAUAAAGAUUUCACUCUCAAACUCCCAAUGCUGAAGCCUCUGACCUUGAAUGUACAUAGAGUCUGUUUCAGGACAGCAUAUGUGGUGGCGACGACAGUAAUCGCGAUGGCCUUCCCUUACUUCAAUCAAGUGUUAGGAGUGUUGGGAGCCAUCAGCUUCUGGCCGAUGGCCAUAUAUUUCCCAGUCGAAAUGUGCCUGAGAAGGAAGAGAAUCGGAGCGUGGACAAGCAACUGGAUUCUGUUCAGAGCCUUCAGCGCAUUAUGUUUCGCCAUAAAUACGCUGGCUUUGAUCGCCUCCAUUCAAGGACUCGUCUCUGCGCGCUUCACCUCCCAACUCGAAACCGAAUAGCUAAGGCUGCUUGCUUCAUUAUGUAAAAAAUAUGUAUAUAAAAAAAGCUCAGGGUUUUGAGCAUAUCAAUUUAGGACUUUAUGAAAUACAAGAUCCAAAUAUGGUAGUAUCAGUUAGUUUGAAUAUAAUGAAUGCUAUUGAGGUGACAAA